AUGAAUACUGAGUACUUCUCAACACCUCGCACUCCUAAAAAUUAUCAAAACACUUUCGUGUGUUAUAAUUGUAAUCAGCCUGGCCAUAAAGCACGAGAUUGUUACAAAACUCCACACAAAUUAAAACAAUGCUUUCAAUGCCACCGUUAUGGUCACAUCGCACAAGAUUGCACAACGCCAAAUUAUCAGUUUCAGUACACAAACAACACUGGUAAAUCAAUGAAUCAUCGAAAAGCACCAGCAUCACAGGUUGUCCAGAAAGUAUUUCCAGAUGUUCGUCAAACAAGUGCAAGAUCAUCGUCGAACCCAAAUACUCAAACGAGGAAAAGCACUGUAAAACAUAUAUCGUCUGAUCAACGCAUAAAAGCUCACCGAGGAAAUCACAAUACACAUCUGGAGGUGUUAGCUAAUGAACUUUUUUGUGAUAUAUUUCAAUAUCUCUCAAUUGGUGAUCUUCUCAAAGCUUUUUACGAGCUCAAUUCUCGUUUUAAAGCACUAGUUCUCGGUCAUUCAUGCCUUUAUCACCUAGAUUUCGACUCAAUAUCAAAAUCUGAUUUAAUUACAAUCUUUCAACAACAUAUUCCAUUGAUCAAGAAUCAAAUUGUUUCAGUUCGAGUAUCUGAUCGUAACUAUGCUAUGAAACAAACUAAACUUUUAGUGUUACACGGUCUAAAUCUACGAAAUUUCGAUCAGCUGCGAUCCUUCACCCUGUGUCAUGUCCGUUGCGAACAGACGAUGGAUACGAUAAUGCUUGCUCUAUCUCGUCUAAGUCAUGUUACUCAUCUCAAAAUCAUCAAAUGUCAUUCAUCAUUCAACUAUCAAGAAUCGACUAAAUUAUCCAAUAUUAUUUGGAGUUUACCAAAAUUAACUCAUGUCUAUCUGGACACGGAACAAUAUAAAUUUUAUUGCCCUGAAAAACAAUCAUUAUCACUAGAAUAUGUUGCAAUUGUAGGACACCGUUGCCUAUUACAUGAAAUAGCUCGAUUACUGACCAAGACACCUCGUCUUUGUGGUUUGUCCAUACGUCAUUGUGACCUGAAUGAUAAUCAAUUUUUCUCAGCGCCUGUUCUAUCGAUGACCACUUUGAAAUUGUAUGACAUUCGCUCUCGACCUAUGCUAAUGAACCUCUUACAAACCAUGAACAAUUUACAUCAUUUGACUGUGGAAACUUUCUAUAAUAAUUUCGACGGUUAUCAGUGGGAGGAAAUCAUUACGAAUUAUUUGCCAAAAUUACGAGUUUUUCGUCUUAAGAUGGACAUACAGUAUAUUGGCAUAAUGAACAAUGAAGAACAGACUGAUAUACUGCUCGAUUCAUUUCGGACUCAUUUCUGGCUUGACGAACAUCAAUGGUUCGUUCGAUGCCAUCGGAAACUACAACUCACACAUAGUGACAUUCUCCUUUAUACCGUACCACUUCUAUUCAAAAAUAUCAAUAUAGAUACAAUGCGUUGUCCAUAUAAGUCAACCUGUCCUACAGACAAUAUAUAG